AUACACACACGUGGGAAAGCAUCCUACGUUGGGCCUGAGUUUCACUUUGGGCACUCACACAGGGUUGAGCUUGUAAAGCACCAAAACCAUGGAAUAGUAUGUAUGUCUUAGACGCUAAGUGGGAGCUCACUGGAAAGUGAGGCUUCCCUCCCAGCAACAGUCACCCUCAUGUGACUCUGCUCUGGGUUCACACUUUUUCACACUCUCAUUCCGGUGAUCUCCAUGUCAGGUUACCACCCUCAACUGACAGAACAGGGAAACUGAGGCACACCAAGCAGUGCCCAGGAAACCCAGAACUGUCUGGCUUCCUGUCUUGAUAACAAAAUAGUCAUCAUCCUGGAAGUCAUCUGUGUAAAUAGGGGUGUGUCCCUUGCCCACUCUGGUCCUCAGUUUUUCUGUCUUUGGAGUGGCUUGGGUAAAUUUUCCAUCUUUCUUCAACAGUGACCGGAAUAGCGCUGGAUCACAGCAGGCACUCAGGACCUGCCUAGCUGAGGUUCACUGCUUUUGGGUUUUGUCUGGGUACUAGGCUCCAGGCUCUGGCAGCCCUACCUCCUUCUACAUUCCUCGAGGUAGGGGUUUUGAUCCUUGGGGUCUCUGGUCACCACAGGCACCUGCUCAUUGUCUCACAUACCCUUUCCCCCCAGAACUGCCAGCAGAGGAGCCAGCUGUUCCUGAAAUAGACCAGAGGAGGAGGGAAUGACCACUGGGCUCCUGGAUGUGGGGUUCCUGGAGCAAGUAACCUUUGAGGACGUGGUUGUGGACUUCACCAAGGAGGAGUGGGGACAGCUGACACCUGCCCAGAGGACCCUAUACUGUGAUGUGAUGCUGGAGACCUUGGGGCUCCUGGUCUCUGUGGAUUUGGAAACUAGAUUGAAAACCAAUCUGUCACCAGCAAAGCAAUACAGCUCUGAAGAACUGUCCAAUAAUGUCCUGGUAGAAAGGUUCCUGUGGGAUGGUCUGUGGGGCUCUAAGGGUGAAGAUGCUGAGGGGCAUCAGGAAAAGAGUUGUGCGACCCUUGAUGUCGGUGUGGUGCAGGCGGGCUUCACACCUGUGAAGACAUUUGUUCAGCAGCAACAUCCUGGGAUUGGGUUUGGGGAAAACUUUAGUCUAAGCCCCAAUCUCCCAGCUCAACCCAUGACUCCUGAAAGACCAGACUCUUACACGUGGGGAAUGCACAGAAAAAGGGAGAAUCCAAACUCAAAGUUAAAUGCACAACAGAAAACUUAUGCAAAAGAGAAACCCUACAGAUGUCAGGAGUGUGGAAAGGCCUUUAGUCACAGCUCGGCACUCAUCGAACACCACCGAACGCACACUGGAGAAAGACCUUACGAAUGUCAUGGAUGCGGAAAAGGGUUCCGAAACAGCUCGGCACUAACCAAACACCAGAGAAUCCACACUGGUGAGAAACCCUAUAAGUGCACUCACUGUGGGAAGACAUUUAAUCAAAUUGCCCCACUGAUCCAGCACCAGAGAACUCACACCGGUGAGAAGCCCUACGAGUGCAAUGAGUGUGGGAAAUCCUUUAGUUUUAGGUCCUCCUUCAGCCAACAUGAGCGGACUCACACAGGUGAGAAACCUUACGAAUGCAGUGAGUGUGGGAAGGCCUUCCGGCAAAGUAUCCACCUCACCCAGCACAUGCGAAUACACACAGGGGAGAAGCCUUACAACUGUCAUGAGUGUGGCAAGGCCUUCAGCCACAGCUCAUCCUUGACCAAGCACCAGCGAAUCCACACUGGUGAGAAGCCAUAUGAAUGUCAUCAGUGUGGAAAAGCCUUCACCCAGAUCACGCCACUGAUUCAGCAUCAAAGGACACACACGGGAGAAAAGCCCUAUGAGUGCAAUGACUGUGGAAAAGCCUUCAGCCAGAGCACACUCCUCACUGAGCAUCGUAGGAUUCACACAGGGGAGAAGCCUUAUGGGUGCAAUGAGUGUGGAAAAACCUUCAGCCACAGCUCAUCACUCAGCCAGCAUGAGCGGACACACACAGGAGAGAAGCCCUACGAGUGUAGUCAGUGUGGUAAGGCCUUCCGGCAGAGCACACACCUCAGUCAGCAUCAGAGAAUCCACACAGGGGAGAAACCCUAUGAGUGUAGUGACUGUGGCAGAGCCUUCACCCACAGCUCAUCCCUAACCAAACACCAACGAAUCCACACUGGGGAGAAGCCCUAUGAAUGUAAUGAAUGUGGCAGGGCCUUUAGCCAGCUUGCUCCUCUCAUUCAGCAUCAGCGGAUCCACACAGGAGAGAAGCCCUAUGAGUGUAAUGAGUGUGACAGAGCCUUCAGCCAGAGCUCCCUCCUCAUCGAACACCAGAGGAUCCACACCAAAGAAAAGCCCUAUGCAUGCAAUGAGUGUGGGAAGUCCUUCAGUCACAGCUCAUCCCUCAGCCAGCAUGAGAGGACACACACUGGGGAAAAGCCAUAUGACUGUCCAGAUUGUGGGAAAUCCUUUAGGCAGAGCACACAUCUCACUCAGCACCGGAGGAUCCACACAGGAGAAAGGCCUUAUGAGUGCAGGGACUGUGGGAAGGCCUUCACACACAGCUCCUCCCUGACCAACCACCAUAAGCGGACACACACAGGAGAGAAGCCCUACGAGUGUAGUCAGUGUGACAAAACCUUUUGGCACAGCACACACCUCAGUCAGCAUCAGAGAAUCCACACAGGGGAGAAACCCUAUGAGUGUAGUGACUGUGGCAGAGCCUUCACCCACAGCUCAUCCCUAACCAAUCACCAGCGAAUCCACACUGGGGAGAAGCCCUAUGAGUGUAAUGAAUGUGGCAGGGCCUUCAGACAGCUCGCUUCACUCAUUCAGCAUCAGAGGAUCCACACAGGAGAGAAGCCCUAUGAGUGUAAUGAAUGUGGCAGAGCCUUCAGCCAGAGCUCCCUCCUCAUCGAACACCAGAGGAUCCACACCAAAGAAAAGCCUUAUGCAUGCAAUGAGUGUGGGAAGUCCUUCAGUCACAGCUCAUCCCUCAGUCAGCAUGAGAGGACACACACUGGGGAAAAGCCAUAUGAAUGUCCAGAUUGUGGGAAAUCUUUCAAGCAGAGUACACAUCUCACUCAGCACCGGAGGAUCCACACAGGAGAAAGGCCUUAUGAGUGCAGGGACUGUGGGAAGGCCUUCACACACAGCUCCUCCCUGACCAAGCACCAGAGAACUCAUACUGGGUAGAGACACUCUACAUGAGUUGAGUCAUAGGAAGCCUUAAACCAUAGUUCAUCCCUUCCUACACAUGACCCCAAUCAUACUCAUGAGCAAGAUGGCAUGCACAUGCCUUUACACGCAGUACCCUCCUCAGAUCAUGCUAACAGUAGGGAAAUGGGAUGAUCAAUGUUGAGGACCUUUAGCCAUGAGCAUCCAUUAACAUAGAACCCACAGAAGAGAAGUGGGAAAAUGCAGUAGAUAUGGGCAUGACUUCUGUCCAUGGAUACACAAGAUUCCAAACCAGAAAUUUCCAAUUGGUGAAAACCCAACAACUGUCUUUUAUAUAAAAGAACCAAGUGCAGUGAGACUUUACCAUUAUUGUACAUUACAUUCUUUGGGUUGGGGAUUAUUUAUGAAUGGUGCAGACUGACUCUGAUACUCCUUAAAAACUGUAUGGCAGAGUGUUCCACACAUAUGAGUGACACCUGUUUGGAAUCACUGCAUACUCAAUUGUCUCAGUAUGAAGUUUGCUGAUUUGUGUAUAAAUCACUUAUCUGGUCAAGAACACAUCUAAUGUUUGAGUUCUCCUUGCAAUAUUCAUACCAAUUGGGAAACCACCAAGUUCUGAAUGCUAGUAAUGAUGUUACCAAUUUCCCUUGACUUCUGUUACCUGAUAGCAUCUAUGCUUUUUUUCUAGUUUUGUUUCAUACAUCAUCAAAACAAAUCUAAUGUAUUCUAUUCUCCUACUAGAAUGCUUUUUCCCCCACCUUAACAAGAAACAAUCAUACCAAUAUUUUAAAAAUCAAAUUAAAUUUUAUCUCUUAAGGUACAUGGCAAGGAGUCUCAGAUUUGAAUUCCAUGUGACAAAGUAUCUGUACUAUAAACUGGUUUAAGUUACUUAUCUGCAUUCUUUUGCAAUAAAUCCUUUUCAGUAGG